GACACGGUCUCUUGCACCACUCCACGAUCACGACCCAACGCACGACCAAGCCAUGAGCCAACGAAGAGCCAACUUGAACAGCACGAAACCGCAGGAGAAUGGCGAGAGCGAGGAGCACCACGCGCUGAAGGCGUUUGCGGAGACGGACGGUCACUUUUCGCUGGUUCGGAACUUCCGGCUAGCGGAUCUGGUGACGAUUAUGAACGGCGUGUGCGGUUCCUUCUCCGUGUUCUCGUCCGCGCGGUACCUCCAGAGCAAAGACGAGGAUUACCUGUGGAUGGCGCUUGGGUUCCCGCUCGCGGGUCUCUUCUUUGACUUCUUGGACGGACGCGUCGCGCGGUGGCGAAAAUCGGCGAGCAUGCUCGGCCAGGAGCUCGACAGUCUGGCGGACUUGAUCUCGUUCGGCGUGGCCCCGGCGCUAUGCGCGUUCAUCGUCGGGCUGAACACCUACCUCGACACCGUCGUCCUCACCGGCUUCAUCUGCUGCGGCCUCGCCCGCCUCGCGCGCUUCAACGUGACCGCCGCGCUCAUCCCGAAGGGCAAGGGCGGCAAGGCGUCCUACUUCGAGGGGCUCCCCAUCCCGUCCUCGCUCGUCCUCGUCGGCGUACUCGCGCUCUUCGCACGCCAGGGGUACGUCGACGGCCAGCGCGGGCUCCCGCUCGGCACCGUCACGCUCUGGGGCGCGCCCGGGGGCCGGGGCGAGGUGCACGUCGUGAGCGCCGUGUUCGCCGCCUGGGCGGCCGCGAUGGUCAGCAAGACGCUGCGCGUGCCCAAGCCCUGACGGCGGUGAUUGUCCGCUGUUGCUCCUGCUUUAUCCAUUCUCUCUCUCUCUCUCUCUCUCUCUCGAUUUACCUGGACUCAACUCCUGGACGGCUCCGCGAACGACCCCCCCCCCCAUACGCACAACUCUAGCCCCGACGACGACGCAUGUAAC